UUCAACCUCUUUGGAAUGACGACUGCCAGCAGAGAUAGAGUGGCCCGCGCUUAUCACCUGAAAGAGUGUCGUUGUUCGUCGGACUUUUGCCCUCACCAUUUGACUGCUGGCGAUAAGCCUCGGAUCGUCGCAGCGCACGACAUGUUUUCGCCGAACUCGCAUAGAAGACUGCCCAAGAAUGUCUCCAAAUGUUCAGCUCCCGCGGAGGAGCAGAUCUGCAUGGUGGAGAGCGGCGGCGGACCGGAGUCCGCCUGUGACGUCCCCCCAGCGGAUCUCCAAGGAGCCCACGCUUCGUCGUCUCUCGGGAGUGCAACUGAGGCUGAGAAAAAAGGACUUGAUAACUUGGCCUAUGAAUAUGGAAGCCAAAGUGACCUGUCUGCGACCUCCAGAGCCACUUUCAGAAUCCCAGGACUUGACUCGGAACACCAGAUUGCCUCCAUCGAAAGCAGAAUUUCCCAGCUGAACGGGGUGCUUGCUGUUGGCGUUUCUUUGCACAACAGGCUGGUUCAUGUGGAAUAUGUCAACUUGAGCAUCACAGUCAAACAAAUUGCCCUGGAGCUGCAGAGCUCAGGUGGCACCGUCGAGUCAGCGGUACGAAUCGGGGUCGAUGGAAUGCACUGCCAUUCUUGUGUGCAAACAAUCCAAGAGCAACUUAGCCCCGUUCUUGGGGUUUCCAAAAUUCAGGUGUCACUUGAAGAGGCUGCCGUGGCGAUUUUGUACCAGCCGAGUCUGGUGACCCAACUGGAGCUAAGGGACAAAAUUACAGAGAUGGGAUUUGUUGCCGCUUUGAAACCCGAUCCCUCCAUUUAUGAUGUUUUCAAGCUGGCACAGACUGUAAUCAUCUGGAUUGAAGGGAUGACCUGCCACUCUUGCGUGCAGUCCAUCGAAGGCCGGGUGUCGGAGAUGCCCGGUGUGUUGUCAGUUGUGGUGUCGCUGAAGGAGGGGAAGGGAUCUGUCACGUUUGAUCCAAGUGUCACUGAAAAAGAGACGCUCAGGGCAGCUGUUGAGGACAUGGGCUUUGAUGCAUCGCUGCAAGAAUUUGCUUCCGUCUCCCUGGGCCAUGAGGGAUCUCCGCCAGUCAUGUCUGGAUCUUCUGACCUGCCCCUGUCAUGUCACUCAUCCAUCAGUAAUGGGACCGGCCACACAAAUAAUCAUCCCCAAACUCCUGUCAAUGCAAAAAAAUGCUUUAUUUAUGUGACGGGAAUGACAUGUGCGUCGUGUGUAGCAAACAUUGAGAGGAGCUUGAUGAAACAAAAGGGAAUCAUCGCAGUUUUGGUGUCACUGAUGGCGGGAAAAGCAGAAGUGAAAUAUGAUCCAGAUAUUUUGAGUUCUUUGGUCGUGACGCAGAUGAUUGAAGAUAUGGGUUUUGGAGCCAAGCUGUUUGAGGACAGCUCAGAGACAAAUGGGAAACUGGAUCUUACUAUAAAAGGAAUGACAUGUGCAUCAUGUGUGCAUAACAUCGAGUCCAUACUGAGCAAAACUAAAGGAAUCUUGAAGGUCUCUGUUGCUCUGGCGACAGAAAAAGCUCAGAUUCAGUACGACCCAGAUGCCCUUGGUGCUCGAGAUAUAAUCCGACUUAUUCAGAGCCUCGGCUUUGAGGCAGAACUGAUGAAGGAAGGCUUUAAAAGGAACCUGGACCACUCUGAGGAAAUUAAACAAUGGAAGAACUCGUUUCUGCUCAGUCUGAUUUUUGGAAUCCCUGCCAUGGGUCUGAUGAUCUACAUGAUGGUGAUGGACAGUCAGCACCAACAACAUGGAGGCUCCAUGCCCCCUGAGCAGAACGUUCUGCCUGGUCUCUCCAUUCUAAACCUUGCCUUCUUUGUCCUCUGUACCCCAGUUCAGAUCUUUGGUGGCCGUUACUUCUACGUGCAGGCGUAUCGUUCGCUUAAACACGGCAUCGCUAACAUGGACGUGCUGAUCGUGCUGGCCACCUCCAUCGCCUACCUCUACUCAUGUGUGGUGCUGAUCGUCGCCAUGGUGGAGAAAGCUGAACAGAGCCCUGUCACUUUUUUCGACACCCCACCAAUGCUCUUUGUUUUCAUCGCGCUGGGCCGCUGGCUUGAGCAUGUAGCUAAGAAUAAAACAUCAGAAGCUUUGGCCAAAUUAAUGUCACUGCAAGCUACUGAUGCUACAGUGGUCACUCUGGGUCCAGAUCAUUCCAUCAUAAGUGAGGAGCAGGUGGUGGUGGAGCUGGUCCAGAGGGGCGACAUAGUGAAGGUGGCGCCCGGAGGGAAAUUCCCAGUGGAUGGUAAAGUGAUCGAAGGAUCCUCCAUGGCAGAUGAGUCGCUAAUCACUGGUGAACCAAUGCCUGUCAGUAAGAAGGUGGGCAGUCUGGUCAUUGCCGGCUCCAUCAACGCUCACGGAGCUCUUCUUGUCGAGGCCACUCAUGUUGGUGCUGACACAACUCUUUCUCACAUUGUUAAGCUGGUAGAAGAGGCUCAAACAUCCAAAGCUCCGAUCCAGCAGUUUGCAGACAGACUCAGUGGAUACUUUGUGCCCUUCAUCGUCAUCGUCUCCGUGCUGACGCUAGUGGCUUGGCUGACCAUCGGCUACAUCGAUUUUAGCAUAGUUAAGCAGAACUUCCCUAGUUACAACCCCAACAUCUCCAAGGCGGAAGUCAUUGUACGCUUUGCCUUCCAGGCAUCCAUCACUGUUCUGUCCAUCGCCUGCCCCUGUUCCCUGGGGCUGGCCACCCCGACGGCAGUGAUGGUGGGCACAGGCGUCGGGGCGCAGAAUGGUAUCCUCAUCAAAGGCGGGGAGCCUCUGGAGAUGGCUCACAAGAUCAAUGUGGUGAUGUUUGACAAGACGGGCACGAUAACAAACGGCGUCCCUCGGGUGACGCGUGUGUUAGUGUUGUGGGAACUUGCUCGGAUGCCUCUGAGGAAGAUCCUGGCAGUGGUGGGCACAGCAGAGGCGAGCAGUGAGCACCCACUGGGCAUGGCCGUCACCAAACACUGCAAAGAGGAGCUGGGUACGGACCUGCUCGGGUACUGCCAGGACUUCCAGGCGGUACCUGGAUGUGGGAUCAGCUGCCGGGUUUCAAAUGUGGAACAUCUGCUGCAGCAGCCUAGAGGAGAGCGUUUCAUCCUGCCAGGAGCUACAACUGAUGAGAGCAGCCUUGUUACUAACUCAGGUGUCCCGGAUGGAGUUCCCGUUCAGGUGUCAUCUUACGCAGUUCUGAUCGGGAACAGGGAGUGGUUGAGAAGGAAUGGCCACCAUAUUGGACCAGAUGUGGAUACUGCCAUGUCCAGUCAUGAGGCCAAGGGGCAGACUGCCAUCCUGGUUGCCAUUGAUGGCGUCCUGUGUGCAAUGCUGGCAAUAGCGGACACAGUGAAGGCGGAGUCGUCGCUAGCUGUUCAGACUCUCAACAGCAUGGGCAUAGAAGUGGUCAUGAUCACGGGAGAUAACCGACGCACAGCUAAAUCGAUAGCAUCCCAGGUGGGGAUUAAAAAGGUGUUUGCCGAGGUGCUGCCCUCACAUAAGGUGGCCAAAGUCCAGGAACUUCAGCAAAAGGGCCUUCGGGUCGCCAUGGUGGGUGAUGGCGUCAACGACUCCCCCGCACUGGCCAGGUCUGACGUCGGCAUCGCCAUUGGCACAGGAACGGACGUAGCCAUCGAAGCCGCAGACAUUGUUCUCAUUCGAAACGACCUCCUGGAUGUGGUGGCCAGUAUCGAGCUGUCCAUGAAGACUGUUCGUCGGAUCAGAAUCAACUUCGUGUUUGCACUCAUCUACAACCUUCUCGGAAUACCCAUUGCAGCAGGUGUGUUCAUGCCUGUCGGACUGGUACUUCAGCCCUGGAUGGGCUCUGCUGCGAUGGCUGCGUCUUCGGUGUCAGUGGUUCUGUCCUCUCUGCUGCUGAAACUGUACAAGAAAACCCCUCAUGACCUGCACGAGAUUCGUGCCCGAGGCCCAAUGAUAAGCCUUUCCUCGUCUCAAAUCAGCACGCAUCCCAGAGUGGAUGGGCGACGGCGCAGUUCCCUGCCAUGACCUCCACCACCCUUAAGUGUCAACAACAAACCCAAUCCUGGAUCGUGACUUCCACUCACUCUUGGACGUCAACAUUCAGUCAAAAGUAUAUAUGUUGCAGUAUAUAUUUUCCUUUGUUAUAUAUCACAGAGAUGCUUCUAUUCUUAUUUUCAGUAUUUUCUGUCUUUUUAAAUAUGUUUUGCCUUUUGAUGUUUCAGAAUUCUUUAAAAUAUAGAGGGCAUUUUUCUGCAAAUGAGAAGCACCAAAGAUUAUUAGUAACGCUGAUGAAUCACCCCAAACAAAGUGCACUGAGCCUAUACGUAUGAAAAAGAUAACUUGUGCAGACAAGCCUGUCACAGCUCAGCUGAAAAUAUUCCAUACAACACUCAUCAUUGUCAUCCCAGUCACAGUCUGAUAUUUCAACAUCUGGCAAUGUUGGACUAAUAAAACAUGACUUAUCUGGUGUGACAUUUAUUGAGUUGAGUCAGUGUAUUUUGAGAACUUCAGUGGGAGUUUGGGCUGUAUGUGAUUUAAGACUCCUCUGAAACACUACACUCAACAAAAAUGUAAACGCAACUUUUAUUUUUGCUCCCAUUUUUCAUGAGAUGGACUUAAAGAUCUAAAAUUCACUCCAGAUACACAAUAUUACUAUUUCUCUCAAACAUCACAAAUCUGUCUAAAUGUAUGAUAGUGAGCCCUUCU